AUGAGCAUAAGAGGACUAUGGAUCAUCUCCAUUAAAAGUGCCCAUCCUGAUCAAAGUGAAAGUAGGCGUCUUCUUUUCUCCAGGCACUUCCCACUUGUUGAAAAGAAAGUGAAAUUGCUGGAGAAAGGCAACUACAUCGCUGUGCCUACAGUACCAGAGUUUAUCAAUGGACUUAUGUUUGAGCUUGGCCACAAGGAUGGUAUUGAUAAGUUCAUCAGUGCCCGGGACACCUGUGAGAAGUUUGAACAGAAGCCUGUGUAUGAGGUGAUGACCAGUACAGGACCAAUAUGGCCAGUCGUUGUAGUAGAACAGAGAGGAAUUGUGUAUUGUUGUCUCCCCUUGGUUACUCAAGGCAUCAACACCAGGCCACCACUCAUACAAAUCCCUGGUGUUACACUCGGCUUCUCUCUAUUAUGUGGAUUGUCUGACUACCUUCGCCAGUAUACAGCCGCCGAGAUUUCACAGAAAAGUAGUGUAUUGAAUGUGUAUCUGAACACUGCCGCUCCCUUUGGUAAGCCUGUGGAUGUCAAUCCUGAUACAGUGAUGUCCAAGGUUCACAACAAACCCAGUCUUUUAUCAAAAACACAAAAGCAACCUGCCUGGAAACCUGUACUACAUAGAGGCAAGAACCAAGUCUACCUGGCUGUCACAGAGUACAUUCGGGCAAACCAGUAUAAUAAGGAGGGCACUCCUGAUGUGUGGGAUCUGUACGGUUCUAUCUCCUGUAAAGCCGAGCUGGAGGGAGGCCAGCCUGAUAUAACUCUCAGUGUGUCCCAUACUCCGGACGGAAACAAUCUCCCCCUCGACCAUCUGAUCAUCCACCCCUGUGUACAGAGUGCGGACGCCACAGCUAUCAACAUGGAUGACCCGUCAGAUAUGCGUGCUACACCUCGUCGGGUGCGGUUCAUACCCCCCACGGAGAUGUUCAUUCUAUGUCAUUACACGGUGUCCAGUUUGAAGGAGAUACCAAUCAAAGGCUCGUAUGAAAUGAGGAUGGAUGGAAAGACUGCCAAAUUGACUGUCAGGUUAAAGAUGAGUGAAAGAAUGAGAAAUAACCUGGAAUAUUGUGAACUACAGAUUCCAUUUCACAACAGUUGGUUAUUAAAGUUAUUUUGGUAUACUUCUACAGUACAAGAGUAUUUGACGGGCAUGGAAUACAAAUUGUGGAACAACCUUGGAGACUCACUGGUCAGCAACGUACCUCACUCUGUACUGGCCGAGGUCAAGGUCAACGAUGACAUCUAAAUUAUGGAACAACCUUGGAGACUCACUGGUCAGCAAGUGUACGUCAGUCUGUAUUGGCAAAGGUCAAGGUCAACGAUGAUAUCUAAACCAUGUCAACAGUUGUAGCCAGUAACCUAUAGAAGUCAUUGAUGAUAUUUGAAUCUGGUUUGAAAACUGAAGAGGUCUGUGAGACGAAAACAAUAUGGACUUUGUAAAUUGUCAAGGUCAGCAGUGUCAAGGUCAGCAGUGACAAUAAAUCUGCCUUAAACUUUCAACUCAAAGGUCUAAUCAUUGCUAGUGAAGAUGAAGGGGUUUUUUUCCCCUCCAUUUCUGGGGUACAAUGCCAUAUUUUGUAAAACUAGUCAGUCAAUCUCCAGGCCAAAGACAUUAUCUAUAUCUCAGGCAAUCAAAGUAUCUGGGAUGAUAAUGUCAUGUAAUCGCUUUGAUGUAUAUUUCUCAAUACUUUCAAGGUUAGUGAUGUUGACUUCAAGUUAAGUGUAAGACAGGGAGGUAUUAGUAUAUCAUGUAUGAGGCAAGUCCUUUGGUGUAAAGACAGUAAGUUGAUUUCUAAGUCUAUGUAUCUACAAGUAUGUGAAGUGAUGAUAGGGCCACAAGUAUGUGAAGUCAUGAUAGGGCCACAAGUAUGUCAGGUCAUGAUAGGGCCACAAGUAUGUCAGGUCAUGAUAGGGCCACAAGUAUGUGAAGUGAUGAUAGGGUCACAAGUAUGUGAAGUCAUCAUAGGGCCACAAGUAUGUCAGGUCAUGAUAGGGCCACAAGUAUGUCAGGUCAUGAUAGGGCCACAAGUAUGUCAGGUCAUGAUAGGGCCACAAGUAUGUCAGGUCAUGAUAGGGCCACAAGUAUGUCAGGUCAUGAUAGGACCACAAGUACGUGAAGUCAUGAUAGGGCCACAAGUAUGUGAAGUGAUGAUAGGACCACAAGUAUGUGAAGUCAUGAUAGGGUCACAAGUAUGUGAAGUCAUGAUAGGGUCACAAGUAUGUGAGGUCAUGAUAGGGCCACAAGUAUGUGAAGUCAUGAUAGGGUCACAAGUAUGUGAAGUCAUCAUAGGGCCACAAGUAUGUGAGGUCAUCAUAGGGCCACAAGUAUGUGAAGUACACUCAGCAAGGACUCUUAGUGUAAAAACAUUAUUUCAUUUGAAAUGACUUAUAACUGUGUGACAGUGUGACCAAGUCUUAUGACUUGUCAGGUUAAGUAUCAUAUGAUUACCAUUUGAUUUUUGUUCAAUCCACAUUAUUUGCUUUAUGUACAUGUAUGUAAUUAUGUAUAAAUUCUUUCUUUCAAAA